AUGGCUGCGGAUCCAAAGCGAGAAAAGUUCGGCGACCGAUCUUCGUCAGACCGGGCCGAGGCUGAAGUCUCUCACAUGGACAACCCAGGACGGUUCUCCGAAGCCACGGCCAUCGAUGAAGAAGAGAGGAAGCGGAUAGAGGCUUCCCGCAAGCUCGAAAACCCUCUGGCUGGCCUCACUCCCGAGCAGCUGGCCCAAAAAGGCGAGGAUUACUGCCACAAGCAUGGCAUCGACGAUGAGGAAGACAUUCGUGCUUUUCGUCUCGGCGCCAUGAUUGCUGGGAACAUGAACAAGUACGACACAAUGGCUGAGCUUACUGCUCAAGAGCGUGCAGUGCUUGAUGGCGAAACCACUCAUAAAUGGCGGAACCCAAAGAUGCUCUACGGUGUUGUUGCAGUCUGUUCGUUCUGCGCCGUCGUACAAGGAAUGGACGAAACCGUUGUCAACGGUGCCCAAUCGUUCUACAAGAGCCAGUUCGGCAUCGGAGGCAAGACGGAGAGAGACACCUGGCUACUCGGUCUGACCAACUCGGCUCCUUACCUCUGCUGCGCCCUUAUCGGUUGCUGGCUCACCGAACCCAUGAACAAAGCCUUUGGCCGCCGCGGCACAGUCUUCAUUUCCUGUCUGAUCUCUGCUCUUGCCUGCUUUUGGCAAGCAUUCACAAACACCUGGUGGCACAUGUUCAUCGCCCGGUUCAUGCUUGGCUUUGGCAUUGGCCCCAAAUCCGCCACAACCCCCAUCUUCGCCGCCGAAUGCGCGCCGCCACGUCUCCGUGGAGCCCUCGUUAUGCAGUGGCAAAUGUGGACAGCGUUCGGAAUCAUGUUGGGCUACGUUGCUGACCUAGCGUUCUACUACGUACCCGACAGGGGUGGCAUCAUUGGCCUCAACUGGAGGCUGAUGAUGGGCAGCGCCAUGAUACCUGCGGUGUUCGUCUGCGCCUGCUGCUACAUGUGCCCCGAGUCCCCCCGAUGGUACCUGACCAAGAACCGUCACUCUGAUGCCUUCAAGGCCAUGUGUCAACUGCGCUUCGAGAAGGUCCAAGCUGCCCGUGACCUGUUUUACGCCAAUGCCCUCCUUCAAGCUGAACAGGAGUCUCAAGGCAUUGGUAAACAAAAUCGCAUUAAAGAAUUUUAUACAAUUAGACGUAACAGAAAUGCAAUGAUUGCGUCAGAAAUUGUUAUGUUUAUGCAACAAUUCUGCGGUGUAAAUGUCAUCGCCUACUACAGUUCCGAGAUCUUUUUGGCCGCAGAGUUCUCAGAAGUCAGUGCUUUGGCGGCGUCCCUCGGCUUUGGCGUCAUCAAUUGGCUCUUUGCCCUCCCAGCCUUCUACACAAUCGACACCUUUGGAAGACGCAACUUGCUCUUGACGACGUUCCCGUUGAUGGCCAUCUGCCUGUUCUUCACUGGCUUCUCGUUCUACAUCCCUACGAACCCUGCCAAGAUUGCCUGCAUUGCCACUGGCAUCUACCUCUUCGGUAUGGUCUACUCCCCUGGUGAGGGCCCGGUGCCAUUCACCUACUCCGCCGAGGCGUACCCCUUAUACAUUCGCCCCAUCGGUAUGUCCUUAGCAACUGCCACAACUUGGUUCUUCAACUUCAUCCUUGCCGUCACCUGGCCCUCGUUGCAGGAGGCCUUUACCCCGACCGGCGCGUUCGGGUGGUACGCCGGCUGGAACAUUGUUGGUUUCUUCCUGGUCCUCUUCUUCCUUCCCGAGACCAAGGAGAAGACCCUCGAGGAACUAGACGCCGUCUUCAGCGUCCCGCUGAGGAAAUUUGCGCGCUACGGGCUUGCACAGUUCUUCUAUUUCUGGAAGAGAUUUGUUUUCCGUCAGAACGUGACGCCGCCGGCUGUGCCGCUCGCUGGGGAUGUUGCGUACCACCGGGAGCAGUUUAAGCAGGAGAAGGAGCAUAACCCUACUGCUCGUGUUUAA